UAGCACUCUCCACGCAGAUCGAUCUGAGAAUUGGGGAUUCGAGUUCACGUGAGUGAGUGUCAACCCUCUGCAUUUCACAUCAGAUUCUCUCAGAUUGUAAAGCAGAGGGAGGGAGAUCAGAGAUGGGGUGCUCGUUCUCCGGUCUGAAUGCUCUGUACGACGCCGUCAAUGGCGCCGGCGACGUUUGGAUCAACGAGAACCGUUUCAGGAUUGUACGCCAGCUCGGAGAGGGCGGCUUUGCCUACGUCUACCUCGUCAAGGAGCUCAUCUCCGAUCCUUCCAAUCCCGCCGCUGGCAUUUCCGCCAAAAUCAAGGAUUCUUCGCAUAUCUCCGGAGAUGGAACAUAUGCAGUGAAGAAAGUGCUGAUACAAAACAGCGAGCAACUAGAGAUGGUGAGGGACGAAAUCCGUGUUUCGUCUCAGUUUAACCAUCCUAAUUUGCUUCCUCUUCUGGACCAUGCAAUCAUUGCAGUCAAGGCUUCACAAGAUCAGUCCUGGAAGCAUGAAGCUUACUUGUUGUUUCCUGUUCAUUUGGAUGGAACAUUAUUGGACAACACCACUGCUAUGAAAGCUAAGAAAGAGUUCUUUUCCACCUUGGAUGUGCUUCAAAUACUUCAUCAGCUUUGUGCAGGACUCAAGCAUAUGCACAGUUUUGACCCUCCCCAUGCACAUAAUGAUGUUAAACCUGGCAAUGUCCUUGUGACAUACAGGAAAGGCAAGCCUCCUGUAGCUAUAUUGAUGGAUUUUGGGAGUGCCCGUCCUGCAAGAAAGCAAAUCCGUAGUCGUUCAGAAGCAUUACAGCUUCAGGAGUGGGCUUCCGAACACUGUUCUGCCCCAUUCCGAGCCCCUGAAUUAUGGGAUUGCCCUAGUCACGCAGACAUAGAUGAGAGGACAGAUAUAUGGUCAUUAGGUUGCACCUUGUUUGCCAUAAUGUACGGCGAGUCUCCUUUUGAAUAUGCACUCGGAGAAUCUGGCGGGAGCUUACAGCUUGCUAUAGUAAAUGCCCAAGUAAAGUGGCCAGCCGGUCCCAACCCGCCUUACCCAGAUGCACUUCACCAGUUUGUAAAAUGGAUGCUGCAGCCCCAAGCCACGGUUCGACCUUGCAUCGAUGAUAUCAUAAUUCACGUCGAAAAGUUGGUCGCAAAGUUUUCUAACUGAAGAAAUUGCAAGGGGGCAUUAUUGUUGGACUUUUGUUUCAGCAUGUCAGGUUAUACAGGUAUUGUGUAAUGUUUUAAGGUGUAGGGAAAGUGAUUUUUAUCUGUUUUCCUAUCUAUGAUACAUUAAUUUUGUCCGAGUUAUAUACUACAGCAUAAAUUAUGUAAGUUUUGUCAUCGGCAUUGUACAUUUUACAUACUCCCUCUUAUUGUCAUUAAUUGUCUCAAUUUGUCA